AUGGCUUUAGCCCGGCUCUGCGCCCUGCUUGCCUGCUGCUGCUGGCUCCCGGCUGCCGCUGCCGGGGCCGCGGAGGCGGACGGGGACCCGUCCAAGGAGCUGGAGUGCAAGCUCAAGAGCAUCACGGUGUCGGCGCUGCCCUUCCUGCGGGAGAACGACCUGAGCAUCAUGCACAGCCCCUCGGCCUCGGAGCCCAAGCUGCUCUUCUCGGUGCGCAACGACUUCCCCGGGGAGAUGGUGGUGGUGGAUGAUUUGGAGAACACCGAGCUGCCCUACUUUGUGCUGGAGAUCUCGGGGAACACAGAGGACAUUCCCCUGGUGCGUUGGAGGCAGCAGUGGCUGGAGAACGGCACGUUGCUCUUCCACAUCCACCACCAAGACGGCACCCCCAGCCUGCCUGGUGCUGACCCCACCGAAGAGCCCCAGACUGAGUCAGCGGAAGAGGAGCUAAGGAUCCUCCACAUCUCCGUCAUGGGGGGCAUGAUUGCCCUGCUGCUCUCCAUCCUGUGCCUGGUGAUGAUCCUCUACACCCGCCGGCGUUGGUGCAAGCGGCGCCGGGUGCCACAGCCCCAGAAGAGUGCCAGCGCGGAGGCGGCCAACGAAAUCCACUACAUCCCCUCGGUCCUGAUUGGGGGUCACGGACGGGAGAGCCUGCGCAACGCCCGCGUGCAAGGCCACAACUCCAGCGGCACGCUGAGCAUCCGCGAGACCCCCAUCCUGGACGGCUAUGAGUACGACAUCACUGACCUGCGUCACCACCUGCAGCGCGAGUGCAUGAACGGCGGGGAGGACUUCGCUAGCCAGGUCACCAGGACGUUGGAUUCGCUGCAGGGCUGCAAUGAGAAGUCUGGCAUGGAUCUCACACCAGGAAGCGACAAUGCCAAGCUGUCCUUGAUGAACAAGUACAAGGAUAACAUCAUCGCUACCAGCCCCGUGGACUCCAACCACCAGCAGGCUACCCUGUUGUCUCACACCUCCAGUAGCCAGCGGAAGCGGAUCAAUAACAAAGCACGAGCUGGCUCAGCGUUUCUGAACCCUGAAGGAGAUUCUGGGACAGAGGCUGACAACGACCCCCAGCUAACGUUUUAUACAGACCCAUCCCGGAGCAGGCGGCGCAGCAGAGUGGGCUCGCCGAGAAGUCCCGUCAACAAGACCACGCUGACCCUGAUCAGCAUCACCAGCUGUGUGAUCAGCCUGGUGUGCUCAUCCCACAUGAGCUGCCCGCUCAUCGUCAAGAUCACCCUGCACGUCCCGGAGCACCUCAUUGCCGAUGGGAGCCGCUUUAUCCUGCUGGAAGGCAGCCAACUGGAUGCCAGCGACUGGCUAAACCCUGCCCAGGUCGUCCUGUUCUCCCAACAGAACUCCAGCGGGCCCUGGGCACUGGACCUCUGUGCCCGACGACUUCUUGACCCGUGUGAACACCAGUGUGAUCCAGAAACCGGUGAGUGCCUUUGCUAUGAGGGUUACAUGAAGGACCCGGUGCACAAGCAUCUCUGCAUCCGGAACGAGUGGGGCACGAACCAGGGGCCGUGGCCAUAUACAAUAUUCCAGCGUGGAUUUGACUUGGUGCUGGGAGAGCAGCCUUCUGAUAAGAUCUUUAGGUUCACCUACACCCUGGGGGAAGGGAUGUGGCUGCCACUGAGUAAGAGCUUUGUGAUCCCGCCGGCCGAACUGGCCAUCAACCCCUCAGCCAAGUGCAAAACGGAUAUGACGGUGAUGGAGGAUGCGGUGGAGGUCAGGGAAGAACUGAUGACUUCCUCCUCCUUUGAUAGCCUGGAGGUUCUCUUAGACUCCUUUGGACCGGUUCGGGACUGCUCCAAGGACAACGGGGGCUGCAGCAAGAAUUUCCGCUGCAUCUCGGACCGCAAAUUGGACUCCUCCGGUUGUGUGUGCCCAGCAGGUCUCAGCCCUAUGAAGGAUGGCACCGGCUGCUAUGACCGCCACGUUGGGGUGGACUGUUCGGAUGGGUUCAAUGGUGGCUGCGAGCAGCUGUGUCUCCAGCAGAUGGUGCCUCUGCUGGAAGAUCCCUCUCUGUACAAUAUCCUCAUGUUCUGUGGGUGCAUUGAGGAUUACAAACUUGGAGUGGAUGGGCGGUCAUGCCAGCUGAUCUCGGAGUCCUGUCCAAAGGGAGGUGACUGCGGGGAGAGCCGGGAGCUGCCCAUGAAUCAGACUCUGUUUGGGGAAAUAUUCUACGGGUACAACAACCACUCCAGGGAGGUUGCAGCUGGACAAGUGCUGAAAGGGACCUUCAGGCAGAACAACUUCGCCCGGGGCUUGGAGCAGCAGCUUCCAGAUGGCCUGGUGGUGGCCACUGUCCCGCUGGAGAACCAGUGCCAGGAGCAGAUCUCUGAGCCCACGCCCGAUCCAGGCUUUCUGACUGGGAUGGUGAAUUUCAGCGAGGUGUCUGGAUACCCAUUGCUGCAGCACUGGAAGGUGCGUUCCGUCAUGUACCACGUCCGGCUCAACCAGCUGACCAUCUCCCAGUCUUUCAGCAAUGCCCUCCACUCUCUCGAUGGAGCCACCUCCCGAGGCGAUUUCGUGGCCCUGCUAGACCAGUUUGGCAACCACUACAUCCAGGAGGCAGUCUAUGGCUUUGAGGAAUCCUGCUCCAUCUGGUAUCCCAAUAAGCAGGUCCAGCGGCAGCUCUGGCUGGAGUACGAAGACAUAAGCAAAGGCAAUUCCCCCUCUGACGAGUCCGAGGAGCGAGAGCGGGACCCCAAGGUUCUCACCUUCCCCGAAUACAUCGCCAGUCUGUCGGAGUCGGGCACCAAGCGGAUGGCAGCUGGAGUCCGCAUGGAUUGCCAGAGCAGAGGCCGCUGCCCCUCCUCAUGCCCGCUUUGCCAUGUGACUUCGAGCCCAGACACGCCAGCCGAGCCAAUUCUGCUGGAGGUCACCAAAGCAGCGCCCAUUUAUGAGCUGGUCACCAACAACCAAACCCAGAGGCUGUUGCAGGAGGCCACCAUGAGCACCCUGUGGUGUUCCGGGAGUGGGGAUGUCAUUGAAGACUGGUGCCGGUGCGACUCGAGUGCUUUUGGCGCCGACGGGCUCCCAACCUGCGCACCCCUCCCACACCCGGUGCUGCGGCUCUCCACGGUGCACGAGCCGAGCAGCACCUUGGUGGUGUUGGAAUGGGAGCACUCAGAGCCGCCAAUCGGAGUGCAGAUCGUCGAUUACCUCAUCCGUCAGGAGAAGAUCACCGACCGAAUGGAUCAUUCCAAAGUGGAGACCGAGACGGUGCUGAGUUUGGUGGAUGACAUCAUCUCCGGAGCCAAAUCCCCCUGCGCGAUGCCGGCACAAGUACCCGACAAGCUGUCCACCACCAUCUCCUUGAUCAUUCGCUGCCUGGAGCCUGACACCACCUACACGUUCACGCUUUGGGGAGUUGAUAACACGGGGAGACGCUCCAGGUCAAGUGAUGUGACGGUCAAGACCCCAUGCCCAGUGGUAGAUGAUGUGAAGGCUCAAGAAAUAGCAGACAAGAUCUACAAUCUCUUCAAUGGCUACACCAGCGGCAAGGAGCAGCAGACAGCUUACAACACUCUGCUGGACCUGGGCUCGCCCAGCCUGCACCGGGUCCUCUACCACUACAACCAGCACUACGAGAGCUUCGGGGAGUUCACCUGGCGGUGUGAAGAUGAAUUAGGACCCAGGUAA